AUGUCAUGGCCGACAGAUGGAAGCUCCUCAGUCGCAUUGCCUCGCCUUGUCCUUGGCUUGAUCCUGGGUAGCGCAGUGUUUGCCCCAAGUCUCUACCAAUCCUUCCUCGACUCAACUUGGGCUUUCCUUCUCCAGUUUUCGGUCUACAGAGCCUCGACGUUCGAGACCCUCUGGACGGUCCUCAUCUAUGCUGUCGUAGAGGCCUCUUACACUUAUCGAUUCGUACACAACCCUCAGCUCCGCUUGGCAGCUAGAAAGAGUCAGGAUGAUACCAAAUCUCUUCCCAAGAUGCAACGACCAAAGCAUCGCGUAAGAGAAGGGUUGACCUAUAUCGCGCCUUUACUGCUCAUGGACCUGACCAUGAUUAAAAAAUUUCGCGGUGUGCAGAUACGCGACAUUGUUCUGUCGGGCAACUACGACAUCAACACGGAAGGAAUCAGUGAGAACUUUCUCGCUCCCACUCUGCACCACUUUACUUGGAGAUCCCCGCUGCAAAUAAAGAGGGCACUUCCUCUAAUGGCACCUACAAGCAGACAGCUAGUGUGUCAGCUUGGGCUAAGCAUCCUCGUUUACGACGCCGUCUUUUUCUGGUUUCACCUAGCCCUCCACAAACUGCCAAUCCUCAGCAAGCUUCAUGCCAUUCAUCACAAGCACUCUGAGAUCUACCCACAAAUCACGAACCAGCUUGACAUAGUCGAGAGACUUGGCUUGGUCCUAUUGGCGAACUUCUCGCUGAACAUCAUUGGCUCUCACGUCCUCACUCGCACUUUGUUUGUCCCUAUGUUCGUAUGGCUCCUGGUAGACAUACACUCUGGACUGGAUCAGGCGUGGGGAUAUGAUAAGCUGUUGCCAAGAGGUUGGGCGGCCGGAAGCAAAAGACAUAGUCAUCAUCACCAGUAUGGAACCAAAUUUUAUGAGCCGUUCUUUAACUGGUGGGAUGAUGGGCUACAGUGGGCCGCCGCUGGAAGAGCAGGCUGA